AUAACAGCGCACAUAACCUCAGGAGUAUCAGAGUUGCUCGUUGUUUUCAUUGUCACAAUCUCCGAGCACGAUGCGGGAAAUAAGUUUAAUUUUAACGGUCCUUUUUGCAGUGUCCUGUUCUAUUGAAGCAGUGCCCUUCAUCAACAAAUGUAAAACGGACGAUUCAAAAUGUGUGAAGGCAUCGAGUAUUGCUGCGAUACCAAUAUUCGCAGAUGGUCUUCCAGAAUACGGUGUCAAAACUUUGGAUCCCAUAACUUUCCACAAAAUCGACGCAAGUUCACCAAGUUUGAAACUAAUUUUAACUGAUGUCACAUUCAAAGGCCUUAAAAAUUGUCAAGCUAAAAAGUCGAAAAUUGACAAAGCGAAAGGAAAACUUCUGCUUAAGUUGCUGUGCUCAGUAGACAUGGACGGGUCCUAUGAGAUGAAUGGCAAGCUGUUGAUCCUGCCUAUUGAGGGCAAAGGGCCGGUUCAUGUCAAGCUAAGGAAAGCGGAAGUCAACGUCGAGGUUGACGUUAAUUUCGAAUCUGCAUAUUGGGAGAUCAAGCAAUGGAAACAUUCUUACGAGUUGAAAGAUAACUCAGAAGUUGUUUUCGAAAAUCUAUUCAACGGCAACGAAGUUUUGGCGAGUGCAGCCCGUGACGUCAUCGCAAACAGCGGCAAUGAAAUCAUCACAGAAGUUGGACCUCCAGUCAUUAAAACCGUCGUCGAUGAAGUCGUUACCUCCAUUAAAGAUUUCUUCAAGGCUGUCCCUGCAAGUGAAUUGGCCUUAGAUUAAAACGUAGUAAGUGUCGCGUUGUUAAUUUAUAAAAAAAAAUAAAUGACUCCAUUAAAUUAUGAAUUUUA